ACCGGGCUACGCCUGCUGCGGGUCACCGUGUGGAACUUUUUAUCACCUUGGGGUCCAGAUGCAAGACUCGGGGCUGUUUUCUAACUCCAUCCAAACAUGUGUGUGAUCUAAUAAAACAUUUUCUCCUCUCCUUGAAAUCAGAAGCUUUUUUUUUUUUAAUGACAUCUCCUUUCUGUCAGAGACACUUGCCUUCUUUGGGUUAUAAACUUUUGAUGCCAGACCUCUGCAGAACGCGCCCAACUGAAUCUUAAAGUAGCUUCACCGAGAGAGGCAGAGAACGCACAAUCUGUGACCUUCGUCCCUGCUCCUUCUUUCGUGCCCCCCCUUUCCGCUCCCUCCGCCCCAGGGAGCGUCGAGAAAGCUCUUUUUUGGAUGCAGGAGGGGGCAUCUGGUUCUGUUAGGCUGGAAAGCUGAGGCUGGAGCCGAGGAAGAAUUAUUAGGCUCCGGAGAGCCUGGACUCAGCCUUGCCUUCUCCGGCUCCCAGCUCCUGGUUUGCUCUCUGUGUGCUUUCGCCCCUCAACACUUCCGGCCGUUCUGAGAGGGCAGGGGACAAGGAUCGUACAGCUGCAGGAGUUCUGGGAAGUUGUGGUUGUCGAGAAUGGGGGUCUGUGGGUACCUGUUCCUGCCCUGGAAGUGCCUCGUGGUCGUGUCUCUCAGGCUGCUGUUCCUUGUACCCACAGGAGUGCCGGUGCGCAGCGGAGAUGCCACCUUUCCCAAAGCUAUGGACAACGUGACGGUCCGGCAGGGGGAGAGCGCCACCCUCAGGUGUACCAUAGAUGAUCGGGUCACCAGGGUGGCCUGGCUAAACCGCAGCACAAUCCUCUAUGCUGGGAAUGACAAGUGGUCCAUAGACCCUCGAGUAAUCAUCUUGGUCAACACGCCAACCCAAUACAGUAUCAUGAUCCAGAAUGUGGAUGUGUAUGAUGAAGGUCCAUACACCUGCUCUGUCCAGACAGACAAUCACCCCAAAACCUCCCGCGUCCAUCUCAUAGUGCAAGUUCCUCCCCAGAUAAUGAACAUCUCUUCAGACAUUACUGUGAAUGAAGGAAGCAGUGUGACCCUGUUGUGUCUUGCAAUUGGCAGACCAGAACCAACGGUGACAUGGAGACACCUGUCAGUCAAGGAAGGCCAGGGCUUUGUGAGUGAAGAUGAAUACUUGGAAAUCUCAGACAUCAAACGUGAUCAGUCUGGAGAGUAUGAGUGCAGCGCCUUGAACGACGUUGCUGCACCUGAUGUUCGGAAAGUAAAAAUCACUGUAAACUACCCUCCCUAUAUCUCAAAAGCCAAGAACACUGGUGUUUCUGUCGGUCAAAAGGGCAUCUUGAGUUGUGAAGCCUCUGCUGUCCCCAUGGCUGAAUUCCAGUGGUUCAAGGAAGAUACCAGGUUAUCCACUGGCCUGGAUGGGGUGAGGAUUGAGAACAAAGGCCGCAUAUCCACUUUGACUUUCUUCAAUGUCUCAGAGAAGGAUUAUGGGAAUUAUACCUGUGUGGCCACAAACAAGCUUGGGAACACCAAUGCCAGCAUCACCCUGUAUGGGCCUGGAGCAGUCAUUGAUGGUGUAAACUCGGCCUCUAGAGCACUGGCUUGUCUCUGGCUCUCAGGGACCUUCUUUGCCCACUUCUUCAUCAAGUUUUGAUAAGAAAUCAUAGGUCCUCUGAGCAUCGCCUGCUUCUCCAUAUCACAGACUUUAAUCUACACUGCGGAGGGCAAACCAGUUUGGGCUUCUUUUUGUUUAUUUUUGUUCUUCUUGACUAUUUAGGGGUUUUUUUGUUUGUUUGUUUGUUUUUGUUUCAUUUCUGGGAUUUUCAAUUUUAUUUGAUUUUUCUUUUUUAGUUUGAAUGAAUGGGGUUGGGGGUUGGGAUGGGUAGGGUUCUAUCAAGGGUAGGAUAAAUCAUUCAUUGGUGUGCCCCCAAAUGGAAUCUAUUCCUGCUACCUUAGCCUUCCUUUUCUCUACUUCUCUUCUUAUCACCAUUAACACACACACACACACACACAUACACACACACACACACACCAUAAAAAUGAUCUAAAAUAUCCCAUGACAAGCACCCUGAAAGUACAACUUGGCUCACAUUACAGUACACAAUAAGAGUUGCAUCUACAUGUCCUAUUUUCUUUGUUCUUUAAGCUUUCAAUAAGACAGUUUAAAAAGUGCAUAUCCUUAUCCCUAUGCUAAUAUCACCUAUCACAUUAGGAUUCACACUUUUUCAUCCAAGAAGCUGUCUACCAACAUCUUUAAAUGUGCACUCAAAUACAUCCAUGUGUAAAAAUUUGCCAUCUUCUCUGGCCAUUCUGCUCUAUCUGCUUUUUUUCCCACUAGCUGUAAGACUUAUGGGCCUGAGACUAUACAUGUAUCCAGAGCUACAAAUUUAGGAGUCAAGUAAACAAAUGAGGAAAAUCUAUUUAGGGUAGUACUGCCCUUAAAAUGCUGUUGCAACUCAUAAAAAAAAAUGAUCAAUAGCUGGUUAAUUAUAUCAAGCUAUCAAAGCAAUCCUACUACUAUCUAGUUGCUCAAUUGAUUUGUCUCUCCAUCUAGAAACACACCUUUCUCUCUUAUAAUCUACUCUAUUUAUCUAAUCGUUCUUUUUCUCUUCCUACCACACACUACCAACUCAUCCCAUGGUAAUCUCCAAUCAUAUUGUGUCUAUUGCCACUAUCUCUAUUUCUCCACUACCACAAAGAGGCAUUACCACUUCAAAAUGGCCUAGCAACUUCUUAUGUGAAAGCCAGUGAUCUUGCAGGCUAACUACCCGGAAGAACAAUUUUCUAUGCCAUGCAUCCUUGGGAAUGCAGUAACCCAUCCACCCAAAUUAGACCUUGUGAACAGAUGGACCAAAGUAGCAAUCUGAAGAUCAGUCACUCAUGAUUUGCAGAGAGACUGUUCCCUGAACCACCUUCUCAGGAGGCAGGUCAGCCCUGGAGAAGUUUUGAUUAUGCUGCAUUUCUCCUUUAACAGCCGGAAAAUUAAGGUACCAACCCUGUGCUUCUCCCAGCCGUUAAAGAAAAGUACAUGUCAGGAACUUAAAGAAACGUCUUUGUGCCUGGCUUUCAUUAGCAGAAAGGACCUGACCUCUCCCCCGCCCCCAAAUACAUAUAUCUGUCCCUUCGAUGUAAAGACAGUGGUCUAUCAGCCAAAGUGUGAUAACUAGAGCUCAACAUCUCCCCUCGGCUCCAGUUUUGAUUUGAAUUGUUUGAAAAUUAUCCAGCAAAGGGCUGAUAGAGGCCAAUUAUGUGGCGUGUAUGUUGACAACUCUGGUAUUUGUUUCAGAAAGCUCUUCUGAGCUGAGGGCACUUGAGCUACUGACUUAAUUUCCGAGCACUUGAUUAACACAACAUGGCAAACAGAGGGGGGAAGUGUAAGUAAUACUGUUUUCCUAGGCUGUUUCUCUAGAGGCUUUGGGGAUAAAUGCCCCCAAAUUCCUAUGUUCAAAGCAGGCCUCAUAUACAAAGAAGAUCUGAUUCCACCUCUCAGCAUUGCCUCCUGGGAAAAGAAGAACCGAGCCAACAAGGGAGCCUGCAGUUCAAACAAGCAUCAUUAAAGGUCCCAAGGAGCUCUCUGGAGGGACUGGCUUACUGAGAAGUUGACACAGAGCACCAGCAGUGACUUUCUCUAAGACCUGUCCUGCCUCCCUCAGGGACCCUUUUCAGGUUCACCUCUAAAAACUAAGUGACUGUGGGCUCCAUUAGAGUUCACUUCCCUUAGAGCUUAGCUGAUCACUUGUUGCAGUAUAACUGCCCACUCUGUGGCACUAUGGCCACACAAACACAAUACUCACAAUAGGGACAUAUAUACCUGUGUAUACAUAUUCACAUAUAUACAAAUGCAGAGUUCCUUGGCAUACGAGAGCUCGGCACUGUCAUAAGAAAUAGAGCUGGUGGGAGCAAAAUUAAUGCUCUCCUUGCCAGCUGUAAACAGACAUCUGCAUUUCCUAGUAAGCUGCCAAGAAUGAGACUCUGGGAGCAUAAAUGAUGUGCCAAAAACAGUCUAUUUAUUCCAACUUCCAGAAGCAAUCAGGAGCAGGCACAAAGUCAGAAUUACAGGUCGGAUAUAUGAGUUUCAGAUCUGUCACCACCACGCUCAGCACCUGGGAUUGGGUUGGUGUCAAGCAUUGUAUGAGACAUAAACACGGCAUUUGCGUUUUCUAAUACUACAGUUGUUGCUUUGGAGAACAGGAAAUGUGGAUGCCAUGGAAACUGAAAAGCAUUGGGUGAUGUGCUGCUUGAAAUGGACAAGCCCAAAUUGUUCUUCACCACCUCAGGCAAGCAGAUCAUCAGAACCCCAAUUGAGUAUGGACUCAGGGUCACCAUGCGUCUCUGCUGUGCCGACUUUCACUGGAUUCUAGAAGUUUCUCUGGUGGUUACCUACUGCACCCAAACUUCAGAAGGAAACACAUGCUGCAGUCAGUCCUCCUCAGUCCGGGGAAAAAAUCAAGCAAAGUAGAAAUGAGUUAAAGCAACUGGGUACGAGAUAUGAAUGUGACUUCCUUACAGCAAACACGCUCCAGCUCUUAUUAUCUGAAUGACUUUGCUGAGGAUGACUCCAUCACAUCUGAUCCCCAACUCUCUGAAGCAAAUAGAACAGCAGCUGCUUGCUAAGAAACCAACAUGCACACUUUCACAUGCCUUUCUAACUUUACACAUGGAGGGUGGAUGGAUCAGGCCCACUAGACAGUUUUGUUCAACUUGCCAAGAGUGAGUGUGAGUAAGGUAUAAGAUUAGGAAAAAAAAGAAUCACAUUACUCCAAGUAGCUGGUAGAACAUUGUGGGUUUUCUAAGUAAAAAGCAAAUACAGGUUAUCAAGAGAGUAGGUAAAAGGAAGUCAGCAAAGGUAGUUAUUCUAAAAUUUCUCCCCAAACAAUGCUAAUUUGUUCUUCCACCAAAGUAAUGCCAAUGAAAGUGCUAGAGUUAUGCCUCUGGCAAAGCCUGUUUUUUUUUGAGUAGUUUAAUGUCAAGUGCCUGAUAUAGUCAUCUGCAAGUUUAAUCAAGGGUGUUUGGAUUUUCUUUUUCUGUUUUCAUUUGGAAGGUUGGAGACAUAGGGGAUUAAUUGUCAAAACAUCUACAACUCUGACACGGAGACCUAGGUACCUGGCUCUUCUGCUGUGGGCUAAGCUGUGUCCAACAGAUGGAAAGGAACAUCUGUAUGUCAACAAGAUGGCCCACACCUGUCCUUACACUGCUUUGGGCUGUUGUUCACAGGUUGGGAUGUUAGUUCUCAAAAUAUGAUCAUAAGUUUGGUCUGGAUUUUUAGGAUCCUCAUAACUGAGGCUGCAUAUUAACAAUCUCUUCCUAUAUCCAUCUGCUCACAUUGUCCUCAGCAGGAAGAAAGAGCAAAUCUACCUAUAAUAGGAAAAGUAUCAAAAGAGUAGAACCCUCACUCCCCAGGUAGACACUUGAUCCCAGAGAGUUUAUUGCAGCCACUGGAUGAGGAAUUGUUGGGAAUUUAAUACUAAUGUUUUGAUUGAUGCUUCCAGGGACAAAGAACACAUGUUCUUAGUAGCCUAUAUAGCUAUUACCAGCUCCAUAAGAGACAGUGUGGAAGAAUAGCUUAUGAAAAAGUGAGGGAGUAUCUGCCCCUAAUUUGAUCCAGAGUUUUCACCAGCAUCAAAAAAAAAAAAAAAAAAAAAAAAAAAGGUUCCCCUCCAGAGCUAUUCUUGUUGAAAUUAGAGGAAGCAACAUAAUUAUUACUUUUAAUUUUAGGGGGCAAAAUGUAUUUUUCUCCAACAGUAAGAAUAUUUGGGUUUUCUUUAGCAUAAGCCUCAUUCCUAGAAAUCCUCAUGUCCAAUUGCUUCCCCCCUUAUUAUCCAAAGCUUCGCUCUCUGUUUCAAGACAAAUACGUUUAAGUAGCUGCAGUAGCACCUCACAGGUGUUCAAAGAGAAGGGCAACACUGUACAGGAUGCCAUGUGAUUAGAACUUCUAAUGGCCACACAGAAAGCAAACAAAUAAAAACGCUGGGCUCAUUUCCCUCAUUUCUUACUUAAGAGAAGAGAAGUAAAUGAAAGGAAGAAGAAAUAGAUUUGCAAUUACAAAUGUGGCAAAAAGAUAAAGCUGAACCGGUGCAAUUUAGCCUUCAGGUGCAGAAUAUGGAGUCCAAAAGAAUGUGGAGUGGACUUAAUUAGAUGCAAUUGUCUUCAUGGUGAAAGUAGUCAGCUAAACCCAAUCUCCAGCAUUUUGGAAGAGACUUCCCGCACCCCUUCCCCUGAGUGGUGCCCUUUUUAGGCACAUGGCUGUUCUACACCACUCGGUGGAGAAAGAAAGAUUGAGAGCCUCCCAUCAUCCUUGUGGGGCUCCAUCCUAGGUUAUCUGGCAGAGUAUAAGAAUCUCGAUAAUAACAAUGGUAAGUAAUAAUAGCAGCCCUUGUGUUAGUGAAAAGGAACAUUUUUAAUCAUUCAGAAAUUCUCGUGACAUGUAAAGUACAAUUGUGAGGAAUGUGUGGGUGUACGAAAAUGUAUUUGUCAAGUUCAGAGUCCUCUAGAUUAAAAAAAAAACUUAUAUGAUUAUCAAUGGUGCCGUUAAUAGAUGUGUUGGACAAUGGGUGUACCCAUUUUCACAAUGAUUCUCAAAACAAAUCUAUGUUCAGAUGCUUUAAAAUUUUAUCACAUGAUACAAGAAUAUAACUUUGUCAGCCUUUAAAAGUUCUUUUUCUUUUACUUUCAUAUUUUUUUCCUUCAAAAAUCAAUGAAGACUUGAUUUCUGUCAAUCAUUGUAUUGAGGGUGAAUAUACUACCUGAAUUUUGUGCAUGUUACAUUGUAGUUGUAACCUUUUCUAAUUCAGGAUGAAUACAAGAUGGUUGUGAUUGUGCAGUGUAUCAAUAAAGUUUGAACAAAUUUGUAA